AUGAGUUUCCUCAGAGGUAUAAUUGAUUCGUUUAGCUCGAUUUUCACCGAAGACUCCAAGCACGAUCAUAGCGUAUCAACAUCUUCUUCUAAUUCAAUGAACGGUGUCGACGGAGUCUCAGUUUCUAACGAACGAAUUGCGUAUAAGCUCAAAGGAUACUUCGAUUUGGCGAAAGAGGAAAUCGCCAAAGGUGUUAGAGCGGAAGAGUGGGGCUUACACGACGAAGCGCUCCUUCAUUACAGAAAUGCUCAGAGAAUCAUGAACGAAGCUACUUCCACGCCUUCUCCUUCGUAUAUCAGUUCCAGUGAAAAGGAGAAGGUGAGAUCGUACAGAGAGAAGAUUUCCAAAUGGCAAAAUCAAGUCUCAGAGAGAUUGCAAGCUCUCGGUGUUGGAAUCUCUGAGAAAAAGAGAACUGGACCAUCUCCUUCUUCAGCUUCAGUUUCCGCUACAAGAAGAGUCUCGUCACAAAAGACUCCAGUUGCUAGAGGUGGCACUGCAGCAACGGCAAGGAACUCUAAAGAAGCUACUGCAAACCCAAAACCUGUGAAAGAAUCUGGAAAUGGGUACGAUGAUAAGUUAGUAGAGAUGAUAACUACAACGAUAGUGGAUAGAAGCCCAUCUGUGAAGUGGGAUGAUGUCGCUGGACUUGAUGGAGCUAAACAAGCUUUAUUGGAGAUGGUUAUAUUACCGGCGAAACGAAGAGAUUUGUUCACUGGUCUCCGAAGACCAGCAAGAGGUCUGCUUCUCUUUGGUCCACCUGGCAAUGGAAAGACAAUGCUUGCCAAGGCAGUCGCUUCUGAGUCACAGGCUACGUUCUUCAAUGUCUCAGCAUCUUCUUUGACCUCAAAAUGGGUGGGUGAGGCUGAGAAGCUAGUUAAAACGCUGUUUGAAGUUGCAAUCUCCAGACAACCGUCUGUGAUAUUUAUGGAUGAAAUAGAUAGUAUAAUGUCUACAAGGUCGACCAGUGAGAAUGAAGCAAGCAGAAGAUUGAAGUCAGAAUUCCUUAUCCAGUUUGAUGGUGUCACUUCAAAUCCUGAUGACUUGGUGAUUGUCAUUGGAGCUACAAACAAGCCACAGGAGUUGGAUGAUGCAGUGCUUAGGAGAUUGGUGAAGAGAAUAUACGUACCAUUGCCGGAUUCAAACGUCAGGAAACUACUUUUCAAAACCAAGUUGAAGUGCCAGCCCCACUCUUUAUCCGGUGGCGACAUUGAUAACAUCGUCAGAGAAACCGAAGGUUACUCAGGGAGUGAUCUUCAAGCGUUGUGUGAAGAAGCUGCAAUGAUGCCAAUCAGAGAACUUGGUGCCAAUAUUCUAACCAUUCAAGCAAACAAAGUGAGACCGCUGAGAUACGAUGAUUUUCGGAGAUCGAUGGCAGUGAUCAGACCAAGCUUGAGUAAAAGCAAAUGGGAAGAGCUUGAACGUUGGAACUCAGAGUUUGGCUCUAAUUAG